AAAAGUUAAAAUAGUGAGGACUGAAGACUGAAGAGUUUAGACGAGCGCGCCAUCGCUGCUCCUCUCCCUUCCCGCGAAAAGCCACUCCUCCACCGCCGCAAGGCAACCGGCCGUUCCUUCUCAAUGGCAAUCGACUGCCUUGUCCUGGGGGCAGGGCAGGAAGUGGGCAAGAGCUGCGCGGUCGUCACCAUCAACGGGAAGAGGAUAAUGUUCGACUGCGGGAUGCACAUGGGCUACCUCGACCACCGCCGCUACCCCGACUUCUCCCUCAUCUCCCUUUCCUCCUCAGGCGGCUUCGACAGGGUCCUCGACUGCGUAAUCAUCACCCACUUCCAUUUGGAUCAUGUCGGGGCGCUGCCUUACUUCACUGAGGUCUGCGGCUACAGUGGACCCAUCUACAUGACGUAUCCGACAAAGGCAUUGGCUCCUUUGAUGUUGGAGGAUUAUAGAAAGGUGAUGGUUGAGCGAAGAGGAGAAGAAGAACAAUUCACUUCCGAGCAUAUUGCCAACUGCAUGAAAAAAGUCAUAGCCGUGGACCUGAAGCAAACUAUUCAAGUUGAUAAGGAUCUUCAGAUUCGUGCAUAUUAUGCAGGCCAUGUUAUUGGAGCUGCAAUGUUUUAUGCAAAAGUUGGAGACGCUACUAUGGUAUAUACUGGAGAUUAUAAUAUGACCCCUGAUAGACAUCUUGGAGCAGCUCAAAUUGAUCGGUUAUCACUGGACCUUUUAAUUACUGAGUCAACAUAUGCCACAACAAUACGGGAUUCCAAAUAUGCACGGGAAAGGGAAUUUCUUCAGGCGGUGCACAACUGCAUAGUGGGUGGAGGGAAGGUACUCAUCCCGACAUUUGCCCUAGGAAGGGCACAGGAACUCUGCAUAUUGCUGGAUGACUAUUGGGAGCGUAUGAAUAUAAAGGUCCCUAUAUACUUUGCAGCUGGUUUGACCAUUCAAGCCAAUAUGUACUAUAAAAUGCUUAUCAAUUGGACCAGCCAAAAGGUCAAAGAGACGUAUGCUACUCGUAAUCCAUUUGAUUUCAAAAAUGUCCACAAAUUCGAGCGCUCAAUGAUACAUGCUCCUGGACCUUGUGUUCUUUUUGCUACACCAGGGAUGAUCAGCGGUGGAUUCUCGCUUGAGGUUUUCAAGCACUGGGCGCCUUCAGAACUGAACCUGAUUACAUUGCCUGGGUAUUGUGUGGCUGGAACAAUAGGACAUAAGCUAAUGUCUGGAAGGGCGACCACAAUUGACUUGGACAAGGACACCCGGAUUGACGUCCGAUGCCAGAUUCACCAACUGUCUUUCAGUCCCCACACUGAUUCCAAGGGGAUUAUGGACCUGGCAAAGUUCCUUUCCCCGAAGCACAUAGUACUCGUCCAUGGUGAGAAACCUAAAAUGGCUUCUCUCAAGGCAAAGAUUGAGACGGAGCUGGGAAUUCCAUGCUAUGACCCCUGCAAUAACGAGACCGUGAGUGUUCCCUCAACUCAGUACGUGAAAGCAGAUGCUUCGGAUGCAUUUCUGCGGGCUUGUUCUAGCCCAAACUUCGAGUUUUCAAAGAGACGCCACACGGAAGGUGAAUAUUUGGGCUUGGACGAUCCAGAGUCUAGUCAGUGUUUGCAUGUGAAUGAUGAAAGAGUCAAUCACGGGAUUCUAGUCUUGGAAGGGAGCAAGAGGGUGAAGGUUAUUCAUCAGGAUGAGCUCCUUCACUUGCUGGGAAAAGAGAAGCACGGGAUAGAGUAUGCUUAUUGUUUGCCCUUGAGCUCGAAACAGCUAGCAGAAAACGAAGGCACUGUUCUCCCCUCAGCAACGGUGAGAAGCUUAAAUUUGCUCCGGAGUCUGCUCUUGAGACUCUCAAGCGAACUCCCAGAGGAAAGUAUCCAAGACUUUGGAGAACAAAUUCGAGUUGAGUCGAUUCAAAUCAAAGUCUGUUCGAAGGAUAGUUGUCCUUACAGAGUAAGGGGCUACGGCGAGAAUGACUCAGGAGCAGUGUUCUUCUGCUGCAGGUGGUCAGCAGGAGAUGAGGAGCUUGCAUGGAAAAUAAUUACUGCCAUGGAAUGUCCAGAAUCGAGUUGGAUUGCUCCAGUAACUUCGGCUACUCAUCGGAGCAGGAACUCCGAAGAGGAGGAAGGCUUAAUCGGCUGUCCUUUUUUUGCUGAUGUAGAUUCAACAUUGAAGAUGCAAAAUGAUUCGAUUGAUGUCAUUCAUGAUAUCAUGAACAAAUAUAAAAACGAACGUGAAGAAGGGCAGUUCUGGUUGUCUACAUCAAAAUUCCCGAACGCUGUCUUUCUUCUCUUCACUCUUUUCAUCUACCAUUCAACCAACAAGAACAGAAGCAAAGCGAGAGAAGCUGUUGUUCUCCUCGUCCUCCUCCUCCUUCGUCUUCCCGAAAAGGCUCAAACUUGGAAGCAGGAAAGCCAAGAAAAAGACAAAGGGAAGACAGGAUCUUCACCUCCCACGCUCUCUCCUUCUUCUCCUCUCACUCUCUGCCUCUCUGCGUCUCCCUUUCCCCAUCAAUUUGUACCCUUUAACCCCCUUCAAAGCCCCAACCCCACCCGCCCAAAUUAUGCAAUAGCAGAGUCAAAACCCAUGUCUUCCUCUGCAGCCCGCUCCUCCUCCCCCACCGCCGCUUCCCCUGCCGCAUCAGCAGGGUCGGAGGCCGAGGGGGCCUCCGAUGUCAACGCGCCUCUCCUCACCCCCCGCCAGGGCACCCAAGAACAAUCCGCCUCGCUGGCUGCCCUCCUGGGGCGCGCCACGGGCCGGCGUGGCCCCUCAAUGCUCGUGAGGGAGACAGCCGCCCAGGAGCUCGAGCAGCGGCGGGCCGACUGGGGCUACUCGAGGCCGGUGGUCGCCCUCGACAUGGUGUGGAACGCCGCCUUCGUAGUGGUCUCUAUUAUCAUGCUGGUCUGCACUGUCGACGAGCACCCCAACACCCCAGUUCGGCUCUGGAUUUGCGGAUACGCUGCCCAGUGCCUCGUUCACGUGGUCCUCGUGUGGCUCGAGUAUCGGAGGCGGAAUGCCCAGAGGGUCCAGGAUGAGGAGCGGCAACAGGACCAGACUUAUGCCAAUAACAGCGAUGACGAGGAAGCUGUUGGCGGGUCUGAUCGGCGUUUCAGCCGCUUGACUCAGUCCAGUGCUGCUAAACGCUGCGAAUCAGUGAACACGAUGGCCUCGUUCCUCUGGUGGAUCGUCGGGUUUUACUGGGUAGUUUCAGGUGGCAAUGAUCUUCUCCACAAUGCUCCACGCCUAUACUGGUUGGCAGUGGUAUUUCUGGCAUUUGAUGUGUUCUUUGCCAUCUUUUGUGUUGUUUUGGCAUGUUUGAUUGGAAUCGCUCUUUGUUGCUGCCUCCCCUGCAUUAUAGCCAUUCUUUACGCUGUUGCGGGUCAGGAGGGUGCAUCAGAAGCGGACCUUAGCAUCCUUCCAAAGUACAAGUUUCAGAUAGCGAGCGACAAUGACAAACAAGCUGUUGGGGCAGGGAAGAUGAUUCCUGUGGAAACAAGUAGCGGAUAUUUAGCAAACGAGCGGAUACUGUUAUCCGAGGACGCAGAGUGCUGCAUAUGUCUGAGCCCAUACGAGGAUGGAGUGGAGCUCCGCACGCUCCCCUGCAACCACCACUUCCAUGCCACCUGCAUUGUGAAAUGGCUCAAAAUGAACGCAACCUGCCCUCUCUGCAAGUACAACAUUCUCAAGGGCAAUGAACAGAUAUAACGCAUAAACGCACACAGAAGAAAAUGGGGAGGGAGAGGAGGAAGAUAGUUCCCAACAAAAUUUCCUUCUGUAUGUACAGGACAAGUCGAGCCAAAGGCCUCGGAUAUUCUGAAAAUUUUAUUUAUUAGAGUGUAAUAAGUCGUAUAGCGGUAAUCAGUUGGUCUGUCGGUUUGGUUCAGUGAUUUGAGCUUCAAUGCUGCAUACAUGUUUUGGUUGCUUCUCGUCAGGCUAUCGGGAGUUUCUUGUGCACUUUCUUGCACUUGUAGCUUCAAUUGUUCGGACAGAUGUUUUUCGAAGAAGAGGUCAUUCCAUUUGUUUGGCUGUCUUUUGACCCAUUCAAUUAUUUUUGUACA